GAAAGGCUGCGAAAAAUAAACUAAGAGAUUAUGUUUAAAAGGGUACCAUUUAGCAAAUCUACUUAUACAACUCAAGGAUCAGAGAUAUUAUUCACUUGUCAUCACAGCCCUAAUGAUUAUUAUGGAAAUAAAGUUCACCCCUGCGCUGGCAAAAAUUUUCCUGAUAAUGUUUACCUUGGUGCAAACUGUGCUCGAGAAACUCAUGUCAGCACUUGGGAGAACAUUCAACAGUGCGCUAAUAGCACCGACGGUGAACGAUUACUAAUGGCACAUGGCCAAACUACGAACGCCUUUCAAAAUCCUUUGAUCAGUGUAAGAACACUAUAACUAUCAUAUUAGUAAGGGAUUUAAUAAGGUGGCACACGUACGAUGAUUUUGGAGAUUUAUUAAUUAACGAAAUUUUCAGACGAACACAUUUUUAAAUCCUCUAUUUUCGAUGCAACAGUUCCCGGUCAACUCAUGAGCAGCCAAUUUCGACAGAAAUCGCACUUACGUCUCUGAUAAACCAUGACUUCCUGGAUCACCGAUUAGUACCAUUUUGCCGACAUUGGCGAGUUUGUCCAACCAAAGAGAUAGAAUAUCAGCAAUUUCUUGAUCACAGAAUAAAUUGCCCAUGUAGAUAACUUCUUCUUUCACGGGAGAGCCGAUUAAAUUUCUACUUGAAAUGAACAACCUACGUAAAUCGAUCGAAUUGAGCAUUUACGAGAACUGAACAGGCGGCAGCUAAAAAUUGUUGAAAUACAAUUUUCCAAUUAAAAAUAUUAAAACAUUUUGAUCUAAGCAAAAUAGGUAUUAGAGGUAUUUUAAAAAAAUUAGAAGAAGAAUGAAAUGUAAAAAAUGGAAGAGAAUCAUCAGGACAAUCGUGUAUCGUUCAGAGCUUGGUAUGUUAUAAAUCCUAUGCUUUAGCUAUUUGUUGCUUCCAACAUUUUCUGUUAAUCUCCUUUUAGUCUUUAAAAAUCUCAAAAUUGAUUACCUUCAUCUAUAUCAUUAGCUAUGGCAUAUUUGGAAUUUUUUUUGAUUGCAGAUAUUGACAUAGCUCCACAACCGCUCCCCACAUUUAAAAGAGAUUUUCUUUUGUCAACAUCAGGACGUUCUCAAAUAUAUCUAUCGCAAAUUAGGAACAAUCUUUAGUAGAAUGUUGGAAGUAAGCCUUAAUAUGAAU